GGCGGCCGGAAUAGCGCGGGGCAGCCCCGCGGCCGCCCGGCAUCCCGCGUCCUUCCCGGCACCCCGAACAGCUGCAGGAGCCCCGCCGCCCGGCGCGCUGCCUCUCGCAAGCAGACAAUAUUAUUGUUGAAGAUUAGUCAGAUGCCUUCUGUCCAUUCCCUGCCUCACAUGCUAUGUCAUCCAAGCUUUGGAACACUUAGAACAUAAUUUAAAUGAAUGACUAAUUUGGCAAGCAUAAUGGAAGGCACACAUACCAUCCUCCUGUUGCACAAACCCAUUACAGAGCUUUGUUACAUCAGCUUCUAUCAUCCAAAGGGGGAGGUCACAGGAUUUACUUACAUGGGCUCUGGAACUCUGGAUAGAACGGGUGAGAGUUUCUGUGGCUGCUAUCAAGUGAGGGAGAGGUUAGACAUGGCCCUGAGAGAACGCCCAUAUAAAGACUGUGGAGUUAUUAUUUUCAAGCAAACUACCACAAAAGACCUUCUCAAUGAAAUGUACAAACUGACUGCUGAAAAGGAAAACCUGCUAUCCAGUGCUUUGAGUUCUGAUCAUAUUCCGGACCUUAAGGCAGGACAUCAGGAGGAAAGGCGACAGGAUGUUUCCGGAGUCCCAAAACUUAAAGGUGGUAAUUACUCCAUUCUUACACGUCAGCAGGAGUUACUACUGGAUUCUACAAAGAGAGACAAUUUGAAUCACAAAAAAAUGAGGAAAUACAGAAGGAAAGAGAGCUCUGAGGAGAUCAGACAUCGCAAAGAGGGAAAAAAAUUACAUGAACAUCUCUUUUUACUGAGUACACAAGACAUGCAACGGAAAAAUAAGAUGGUCUCCACAAGACUUUCUACCAGGAAUUAUCCCAGCUCCUUUUCUCCUUCCAGCUGGCUAACAGUAAAAGGUAAGGACAAUUUACCAGUAGACAAUAGAAUACAACCAGAGAGGUGGAUAGAAGAGAGAUAUUUUCUUAAGAGUAACAAAGCUGUGAAAUUGGAUGCUGACUUACCAAGUUCUAGCUCAAAAGACAUCAAUGAUGUUGUUGCAGUGGAUAAUGGAGAAUGCAUUCCUGAAGUUACCAAGGUACAACAGAGGACCACUUUGGUGAAUUCAUCUCACUACAGUCUGUCUAACAAACUUGAGAUAUUAAGUAAAUCUGCAGCUGCUGAAGUCUUGAAAAGUAGCAAGUAUGCUGAGCCAGUAUGCAAGGAGAAACCAGGAAUCACAAUUCUUGCUGAAGUCCAGGAUUUUGACACUUGUAUUAAAAAAGUUACCAACCCCCCUGCAGAGUCUUUGCCUGACUCUCACAGAGAUAACAAAACCAUUUCUCCUGUUCUCACAAGAGCACAUAACGAGGUUAUAUCAAGAAGUGAUGUGUACUCUGUAGAUGAAGCUACUGGAGACUCUAAUAACAGUGUGCUGCAGGAAAAGGAGGAAGACGGCUCUGGUUUGCAGUACAAAGCAGAGAGAGUGCACAUUACUGAUGAGUCAUGCAACCUUGUGGGAGCAGUUAAUAAAGCUCUUCUGAAAGUUAUCCGGAGCGACAGUUUAGAUGAAGCUGCGGAAUGGAAGAGACUGCAACAAAUUACAAGAGUAGACAAAAACCUGCCAGGCUCACCAUAUGAGAAAAGGACCACGGUAUCCCGGGGAAACAGCAAGCAUUUAUUUUUGAACUUGCCUGUAAAUGAAAGUCCUGAUAUUCCUCAGACGAGUAAUAAUCUUAAACUGGAAGAGAAAAGGCUGCAUUCACCCCCAUUAGCAGCAGUGAGUAAUGUUUUUAGUAAUUCAUAUCCGCUAUCUAAUACACAAAAACAAAUGUCACCUAUUCCUUCUCCGUUAUCUCCGAGACUGCCCAGCCCGCAGCUGCACCACCGGAUCCUCCCGCUGCCAACGCAGAGCACCGAGGACAAACCCAUGCUCAGUGACUAUGGCCAUGGAAGGCACGGGGCUAUAAACUUCUCUUUCAGUGAUUUGGAGCCACCGUUUUAUCGGAAGUUUUCUGAUCCUGGAGAAUUGGGAUCUGCCAGCAGACAGCGGGGCCUACAUCAGAAUGCAACUGCUGGACAUUUUGAAAAGUGUGCUGUGCAAGAAAAAUUAACUACUCGGACACAGCAGAGUUUCUGUCCAGCAGAGUCUGCUUUAAAGGAUGACUUCACUGAGCGGCUGACUAGUUUGGAUGUGGCAAGCAGAGAUGAAGAUACAUGGGUUCUGGAUUGCAGACUGGGGCAACCAAACUCAUUUCCUCAUUCAAGUGAGAAGAUCAACAGAAGUGUGUUGCAUCUGAGCCUGGAACUGAAUCCUGACCUGAGUCCCUCAGAGCAAGAUGACAAGACUCCAGGGAGACUCCAGACUGUCUGGCCGCCACCAAAAGCAAAUCACGAAGAAGUAAAAGUAGGAUUGAAGUACACAGAAGCAGCUCACCUAAAGCUUUACAAGGAGGGACCACCAGAGUACCAAGCUGCCAUUCUGCAUUUGAAGAGGGAACACAAAGAAGAAAUUGAAACAUUAAAGUCUCAGUUUGAACUCAGGGUAUUCCAUAUUCGUGGAGAACAUGCUGUCUCAACUGCUCAGCUUGAGGAAACCAUUGCACAUCUGAAGAAUGAACUUGAUAAUAAAUUAAACAGAAGAAAUGAAAAAGCAAAGGAUAUUGGUGUUUCUACUGAAGAUGAUAACCCACCAAAGACAUACCGAAAUGUAUGUAUUCAGACUGACAGAGAAACUUUUAUAAAGCCUAGUGAAGAAGAAAACAGAGCUGUGAAAAAUAACCAAAUAGUACCCAAAAAGCUUAAUAUUUCUUCUUUGACACAUAGUAUAUCUGCCCAAAGUGAAAAUAAGGACAAUUACAAUGUACAGUCAUCAGAAAGUGUCUUGUCUUGUCAACCAAAGCAAAUGCUGCCUCCACCACCACCACUACCACCUCCUCCCCUUCCUGAUUCUUCACUGUCUGCUGUAGUUCCUCCACCACCACCUUUGCCAAUGGGUCCAGCUUCACUGACAUCUCAGUUUGGAUUGGGUCCACCGCUGCCACCUCCACUUUCUGAAGGCUGUAGGAAUUUUCAAGCACCACCACCACCGCCACCCCCACCGCUUCCGGGGCUGGGACCUCCUGUUCCUCCUCCACUGCCUGGAUCUGGGUUACCUCCACCCCCUCCACCUCCUGGGCCUGGGUUGUUUUUUAAUAGCACUUUAUCUUCAAACCAAGGUCCUCGAAAACCUGCCAUUGAACCUGGCCGUCCCAUGAAGCCUUUGUACUGGACACGAAUACAAUUGCAAGAUAACAGGAAAACUGCUAUGCCAACAUUAUGGGAAUCACUGGAAGAACCUGAUAUACUUGACACUACUGAGUUUGAAUAUUUAUUCUCCAAAGACACCACUCAGGAAAAAAGAAAACCAUUAUCAGAGACUUAUGAAAAAAAAACCAAGGCCAAAAAGAUUAUCAAAUUGCUGGAUGGAAAGCGAUCUCAAACUGUAGGAAUUUUAAUAUCGAGUUUGCACUUGGAGAUGAAGGAUAUUCAACAAGCUAUAUUGUGUGUCGAUGACUCUGUAGUAGAUCUGGAGACACUGGAAGCCCUAUAUGAAAAUAGAGCACAAAAGGAUGAACUGGAGAAAAUCAAGCAAUAUUACCAGACUUCAAAAGAGGAGGAACUGAAGCUUCUGGAUAAACCAGAACAAUUUCUGUAUGAGUUGUCUCAAAUCCCCAACUUUGCAGAGCGAGCUCAGUGUAUUAUCUUCCAGUCGGUUUUCCUUGAAGGGAUAACGUCAGUGCACCGGAAGGUCGAUAUUGUGACUCGUGUUUCCAAGGCUUUGCUGAGCAUGAAAAGCGUAAAGGAAAUUUUGGGCUUGAUUCUGGCUUUUGGAAAUUAUAUGAACGGAGGGAAUAGGACCCGAGGUCAAGCUGAUGGGUUUGGUUUGGAAAUACUCCCCAAACUAAAAGAUGUCAAAAGCAGAGACAAUGGUAUUAAUCUUGUGGAUUAUGUUGUCAUAUACUACCUACGCCAUUGUGAUAAGGAAGCAGGAACAGACAAGAGUAUUUUUCCUUUACCAGAACCACAGGAUUUUUUCCAGGCCUCCCAAGUUAAAUUUGAAGACCUAAUAAAAGACUUAAGGAAAAUGAGGAGAGAUCUAGAAGCCUCUGAAAAGCAGAUGAAGUUAGUUUGCAGAGAGUCUUCUGAGGAACAUCUCCAGCCCUUCAAGGAGAAAUUGGAGGAAUUCUUUCAGAAAGCUAAAGAAGAACGGAAAAAAGAAGAGAACAGUUUGGAACAUGCUCAAAAAUGCUUUGAAGAAACAGUGGGAUACUUUGGGAUAAAGCCAAAGCCUGGUGAGAAGGAGAUCACACCAAACUACGUUUUCACGGUGUGGUACGAAUUCUGCAGUGACUUCAAGACCAUUUGGAAACGAGAGAGCAAAAGCAUUUCCAAGGAACGAAUUAAAGUGGCUCAGCAAUCAGUGAGCAAGUUAACUGCAGAGAAGAAAGUUGAAACGAAGAAAAUCAAUCCUACAGCUAGCCUGAAAGAAAGACUACGUCAGAAGGAAGCCAGUGUGACUGCCAACUGAAGGAAGAUGAAUGAAAACGGUGCAGGGAUUUCAUACAUUGCCUGAUGCUUUACUACACCAAUGGCCCAGGAAGCACCUUAUGUUAGAUACUGAAUUCUGCUUUGCUGAUCUGUCCCAAGACAAUCCAUUAAAGACUUUUGAGUUCCUUCAAGAGGGGUUUGUAUGUUCAGUGGAGGGAAUUCUAAGAAGGUCUUUACGUGGGAAGUCAAUUUUUUUUUCUGUAACUGUUCUUUACAUUGCUUAAAAUGCAUCUUGUUGUCAAUGGUUUAUUAAAAUAUUCUGUGUAUAAUGUAUUAAUAUGGAAGAGCUAAAAUGAGCAUUUUGGAUGCUGAGUUAAGUAAUGACUAACAACCUGUAGGUUAUUUACAGGGCUUUAUGUAGAUGAGAGCAAAUAUGCCAUUCAGUUCACAAAGGUCUAUUGCAGCAUACUUUUUGUUACUUCAGCAGUAACUGAGGUAAGAUUGACUGAUUCUAAAUAAUUUUACAGUGACUAACUAUUGGAUGCAUCUUUCUAAAACUGAUUAAAUGUAAGUAUAGAUUCAUGCUGUAUUUUACUAUGAAUAUUUUUAUAGAAGCUUCAGCUUAUGCCAUUCAUUGAAAUGGGAGUAAUAUUUUGCACAUAAAAAGGAAUAUUCAAAUUCUUUAGUUUUGUGAUUGAUGGCAUAACAGAUUUAUUAUUUUUAUGGUUUUAAUCUAACAUUUCCUAAAUUUUGAGCUUCGAAAGAAAAUAUUAUAAAAUGUAUAUUUUUAUUUCAAUAUAUAUUGCAAAUAACAAUUCCAUAAAGUGAUGAGUUUAUAGGUCAUUUUUCAUUAAGAUACAAUAAUAUCUCUCCAUGAAGUUAGGCAUUUGCCAUUAAACAUUUGACUUUUAAUUCCAUUGAAAGCUUUCUUUUUAACAGCAAUUAUCUCACUCUAAAAUACAUUAUGCAGCCUGCUCUUGUUCCUCUGUAUUUGUAUGAAGAAUGUGUCAAGCAUACCUACAUAUUUAUAUAUAUAUAUAAAUAUAUAUAUAUGGGUUUUAUAUGUGUAUAUAUAUAUCUAUAUAUAUAUAUAUAUCUAUAUAUAUACACACAUAAUAUAAUAAGUAAAACUUCAGAAAGAAUUACCAGGGUCUUGCUGUCCUCCUGUAACAUUACAACCAUUGCCAUAAAGUGGCAGAGCCUAAAAAUAACCCUACUGAAUAUCCACCAUUAAAUGAAGAUUUUUAUUGCAUUUUAAGGAUUUGGAUUCUUAGGAGGAGAAAUCUCGAAGCAGAAGUUAAUUUAAGGUAAAAGAGAAAAGUGAUUCUGCUUGCUGUCCACAAGAGAGAAAAUGAGUUUAUGAUAAUGGUGUAUGAAGUUGGUUACAAAGAGAAAUUAGGUGAAGCAAAGAGGUUCAAAAAGCUAGUAGGGGAAAAGCAUUAGUCCUUUGCUUUGAAACUGGAAAGAAUAUGCAUGAGACAGACAUCAGUUAUCAUACAGCAAAUUCCAUAGAGACUGAGAUUAAACCUAGGCAAAGUCCCCCCUAGCAGUGUACAUUUAUAUUAAGAAAAAUAGCAGUUUUGGAGACAGAUUCAUAAAUUAACUUAGGAUUUCAGUGCAGAUUUCUUAAAUUAGUGUCCCUCUCAUUCCUGCAUAAAUGAAAACAAAAGACUCAAGAGUCUCUUGUAUGCUUGAGAGUUUAGACCUGCUACAGAUAUACUCAAGAUAUGUAAGCAUAAUUCUUAUGAAAGCAGUCAACAACAUGCCAGCAAAAAUAAUCUGAUUUGUAUUCUGGCUAGUCCCAUUGCAGAGAAAAAGAAAAUUCCAAAGAUUUAAGUUUCCUGUCUUCCACUAACUAGGUGACAUACAUUUCUUUUCAACACUAUUAGUGAUAAAUAAGAGGAGCAAUAAUGCCUAUAAAAGCCAAAGAACAAUAGCAAGCAAGGCAAUUCUGAUGAGUGUUUAAGCAAACAGUGUUUAUUUUUUAUAUAGUUUUCUAUCUAUCAUGAAGAUAGUGUAUAUUGCCAUUUGACCUGACUGAGAGUUUUUUCAAUGAAAUUAAUUACUUGAAGUAUUAUUCAGCAAGAGCAGCACUGUUUGUGAAAAUUGAUGGUCUUAAUAAUUCCCAUUAAAAGUAUAUUGUGGAAAAAAGGUUUUAACUUAUUGAAAUAUCCUGUUUUAAAAUUUCUAAAUGUGAAUUUUCAUUUUUCAGUUCAAAUUGACUUCAUUUUGAAAUGUUGAAAAAUGUAUAUAAAAAGGGAUUAAAAUUAAAAUUAUUCAUUUAAAGCAUUCCUUGAUCAGACUUAUAAUUCUUUUAUCAAAUUAGCAAUUUGCCAGGGUUUUGAGAGUUAAUGCUAUUUUUUAGAAGAUUCAAAAACUUAUGUAGCACAGGGACCUUGUCUCUUUCUAAUUUUCAUUUGUAUUGAUUUUCCUCUCAAGUCUGAGUUUCUGAUUCCAGUUUAACCCAUGACUUAAAUCCUCUACUACUAAUUGAACUAUUUUAAAAUGAAAAGAAGAAUUCACCUAGAUUAUUGUAUUCAUUGUCUUAAUGAAGACUGUAAGACUUCUGGAUGGCAUUCAUCAGGUAAAUAUCACACUUUCUCCCCCAGUGAUACCCACAAGUGUCUUCAGGCAGUGAUUGAAGCCACAGUAGCUGGCUUUAACUAAAAUUGUGUAUUAGAGAGGAGAUAUUUACAGAUAUGUCCACAUAAGCUGUUUAUUUCUGAAAUAUUUAGACACUUCAGGCAUAACAAAUGUGCAUCAACCACCACUCAUCUUUGGGGUCACCAAAGGUCACCAAGCAUUAUGUUUUAAGCUUUAAGCCUUAGUUUGAUGCCUCACUUUACCUUGAGCUUCCUAGUUUGGGGAGAAUAAAAGGACAGAAGGAGAACAGAAGGAAACUACAAAGAUGGAAUGGAACAGAAGUCUGUAGUACAUGUCUACAUUGCUGUCAAGGAAGUAAAGAAUGGACUCAGUUAAGCCAAGCAGCAAUAGCCAGACAGUUACAAUUUUCUGGUCUAUUUAACUUAAAAUACCUCAACACUUCACAGAAGUCACUUCUGUGACUGCAAAGUAGAUGUGGCUUAAGAGGGGGAAUUUUCUGUUGUGUUUUGGUUUCAUUUCUUCUGUUACUGCCAAGCUUCUCAAAGGCUGUAAAGCAUAGGAGUAUUAAAACCCACGUUACUCAUUAGGUGCUUAUUACCCACAAUGACAAUAUACAGUACUGAUUUAUAAAUCAAAUUAUUAGGAAGAAUUCAGUGUAGAAUGAGUAGAUAAUAAAUUGCAAAGUGCUCUUUACAUUAUUUACAACAUUAUCACUUGUUGAUUUUAAAAUGGAUGACCUUUUAGUGUCUUUGAGGUCUGAAAAAUCCUUUUUUCAUUAGGUUUUUAUCUAACUAUGAGAACUACCCAGGUGUUUUGCCAUCAUUAACCCCUGCAAUUGUUUUGCCUUGUGUUUUAUCAUAGCGUUGUAAAUGUAUAUAUUGAAUAUUGAACUUUUAUAUUUAACUUUGAAUUUUUUGCAUCAAAACUGAAAGUAUGAACUUCAGUUUCUGUAUAGAAAUAUUUCUAUUUCAAAUUAUUAAUAAUUAACAUUUGUUUGAUGCAUCCUACGGCAUUAAGGUAGAAAAUUUAUAUGCUCUGAAAUUAAACACUGUUUUGGAGAUUCCCAGGCUAGGUCUGAGAAAACUGGCAUUUUGGAUUGCACAGUGAGAAAUUCCAGAAUCCUAGAAACCCUAGUUCCUUAGUAGUCAAAGGUUUGAGCAUCUACAUGAGACUUUACCUUGGGUACAGUUAACAUGGUGCCAGAUUUAAAUAACUGUCUCUAUUUUAGAUAUGGCCUGCUAAUAUCAUUACUAAAUAUUUCCACUGCUAAAUACGGUUUAAACCAUAAGAAUUUUAUGCAACUGUUUUGGAGAUCUAAAGUUCAGAAUUUGUGCAAGCAAAAUUGGUAGACCUCAUCAAAAAUACUUGGCUUUGCAAGUUUUUUUUUUCAAAAUGCCUGCAAGACCUUUUCUUGCUUGUUUUUAUAAACAAUUCUCUCAAUUUAAAAGUAUUCCUAACAACGUUACAAUUUUUUUUUUCCACUUGGUGAAAAUGAGGUAUACUUAAACAGUACCAUCUUAGGAAAUUUUGCAAACUUCAACUGUAUUUAAAUUUUUAUUUGAUACAUCAUAGAAUUCAAGCUUUUAAAUUAGGACCUGUUAGUAAAAUUUAAGCACGGGAUAUAAAAGAUUGUAUAAUGUAAGAACCAAUGAAGUAAAAAUGCUGAACUGAUAAAUAACUUAGAGACGGAGUGCUCCACCUUCCUGGGAGGACAUUAUCAAGUGACAUAAGCUUUUCCCUAAUGUGGAACAGCACUGCAUUUCCUGUGAUCUCCUGCCAGGUGUCAUCUCAGACUAAACUAAAGGUUGCACUUUUUUUUUUCAUUAGCUGUUUCUGGUUAAUUUCAUUUCAUACUUUUUCACCUCAAUUUCACCUUCAAUAAGCUAAUAUUGAGUAAAUAAGAAGCCUUUUUAUACAGGCUGAUAGUGCUUAUAUAUGCAUGCAGGUUUACUUAUGUAUGUAUUCCUCUGGCCCACAUGGUAAAAAAUAUCCAUAGGGAACACCAUGGGGUCAUGGGACUGGAUAAAAUCUUUUAGAAUAUUGUUAGGAAAACUGUACUGAACUGUCCCAGUGUGGGACAUGAUUUCUUUUCUGUGGUAUGAUCUGCCUACAAAGGUUGUGGAGUCCUGGGAGCUUUUGGAGGAUGGAGAAAGCUGUUUCAGGGCAUCUUUGCUUUAUCCAUCAGUUUCCAGCAGCUUGUUUCUCAGGAGCUACGCUGCAGAAUUCCCUGAGCAUAGACUGCCUUCAGGACUCCUGGAAGGGAGACUGGAAAAUAAUCUCAAUGGUUGAUUUUCAAAAGGGAAAGAGAUCAUACCUAUAUUUCUAGAUUAAGGUAAAAGCUAGAAGACUCUUCCAAAAUAGCAAAAGUUUUGUAGAGUUGUAUGUAUCCGCUCAUUAGGUUCUACAGAUUUCAGAAAUGCUGCAUUCAUGUAUAUGAACAUCAUCCUGUGCCUAUAUACUGAUCAUAUGAUUAUUUGAUAUGAACAAAAUCACUUUUAUUGUCUUACUCUUGUGCUUUGACCAGUAGAAUAUUGACUAAAAAGCUGUUAAAAGAGCAAUCCAUCAACAGAGUCCUGACAGACAGCUGUGUUUCAGUUUUCCCAGUGUUGUCCUGGCAAGAACAUUGAUAUUUUCCUAGAGGUAAGAUGAGUUUAGCUGCCAUGACAUCUGCCUUCUCAGCCUCUCUUAAUCAUAAGCUGGUACUUGUAUCAUAGGGCCAAGUGAUGGGGCCAGUCUGUCAUCACUGAUGACUGCAGCCUUCAUUGCAAUUAGAAGUUUACUGUGGCACAAAAUAAUACUAAGAAUGUUAGGAUGAUUUUAUGAUUGACAUUGAACCAUAAUGUAUUUGGUCAGCUCAAAGACCUGAAGAGUACUGACAGGCUGAGAUUUGUGUACUAUAUUGGUACUGAUGAAUGGCAUCACUAUAGAAAUUCAAGUGACUGUAGAAAGAGGACCUAUUACAUCUGUUGACUGGUUGAUAAUUUUCUUUAAUUUUUUUAAUCUUCCACAAGAUGAUUUUUCAAUCUCUGAAAUAUGCAUUUGAGUACUUUAUAUAGUACAUUUUCUCUCUGACUUCUCCUAGAGGGGCCAAGCUUGUAGUUUAGUACUUUUACUGUCUCAUUUGGCAUGUUGUAAAUACAUUCCAUUGUUGUUAAAUAAAUCCUGAGCAGCUAUCCACAAACAGGAUGUUAUAGAAACUGCAGAAACUGGAUACCAAUCUAAGAUUAUGGCACUGCUUCCCAUAGCUUGGAGCAUCAGUUUUCAGCAUAUUAACAUAGAUGCUGUAUAGCCCCUGAUACUUCUUAGGUGUAAAGUAGUUUUAGGGGUGUAUUGCCAAUAGUAGCUAAUCACUAUUAACUGGAAAAAAAGCCAUGUUCUUAUAAUUUUUUUUUCUAUUGAUUAGGAUGAUUUUUUGUGGUGUGGGUAUCUUCUAGAUUUUAUAUGGGAGCAUACCAUUUUGUAAUUAAUCAAAGCAGAACAAGCUCACAGUUCUAUUCUAGACUUUUUUUUUUUCAUAUCUGACAGGAAGGUGAAUAAAUAAAACUGAUUUAAUUCCAGAUAAAAACAAUACUUUUUUCUCAUUCUAUUAAUUUUUAGAGUUUGUGUUACAGUCCAGUGUGUUUUAGAAGGCCUGUAAAGAGUGAAAGCAUUGCAGUGCCAUUGAAACAACAAUAUUAACCUCACUAUAUCUUCCUUGUGGAUUUUCUUUUGAACUCAAGUGUUUGCUUGGGUUUGUUUGGGCUUUGUUUAAUUAAAAGAUUAUGUUAUAUCAGACAAUCAAGCCAGCUUUUCUUGGAUAAGUUUCUAUGGGGGCCUGAGUGCUACUGUGGUCAAGUGAAAUAAUCUGUGUGUGCUCAUCAGGCAUGUAGCCUGAACAACACACUUUCAUCUCCAUAUAGCUCAGAAAAGGGAGAGACUUGAGAGGGAAAUUGAACAGAUUUUUUGGGGCCAAGUUCAGAAAAGCUAUGUCAAAUGAAAUGUGCUUGUCAUAUUGCAGUGGUUUUGAAACCAGUGAUACCUGUUGCAAAGGAAGGCUCAUGCUCCUUGUCAGAUGGGACUGGAUAAGGUUUUUGCACAGAGAGUUGAUAAAAGCAGUUUCUUGUAGGUGCUUUCAGCAAAGCUGUGAAUGCCCAGAUGAUGACUGACUGCAUGUUCUCCAGGAAUAACAGAGCUAUAUACUUUAAGAAAUACAGAUAUAUAUAAUGACACAGAUAUAUAUUUUGGUGGAGGGUAUAUCAGCCUCAAGAACAAAAGCUGCCCCUGCCAGUGUACUUAGCUACUGCUCACUGUACUAAAAGCUCUUUCACAUUUGUAAGCUAAGACAGCAAAAAUGGAAAAAUAAUAUGACAUGAAAAAUCAAGACCUGACCACUGGAAAGUGUUUUCAGUAGGAUUAUAGUAUGAUUUUCAACCUCCCUUUAGCUAUUUGGGUUCUUUUUCCUUUCCAAUCAUUCUGAGUUAAAUAUUUGCACUGUUGAACAUUAUUAUUGUUGGUAUGCUUCCCUCUCUUCUCUCCAUAUGAUACAAAAUCAUCAAAAGAGAGGCCUCUUUGGCUGCUUAACUUCUCUUUGAAGAUGUAGCAAAAUGGUAAAAUCUCUUGCAAUGUUGAUAGUGUUCUAUGUGUACCUAGCAAGUUUCACAGACAUAAUAGCAUUUAGGCCUCUGAUGUCCAUGUGGGAUUUGCUUUAAUAAAAUCAGAGCUUUGAUUGAAUGUUUGCAAAUACAGUCAGCAAUUAUAUAUUUGCUGUCCUUUGAAUUGAAAUCAACUUUGCAUUUAUCAUCCUACGAUAUGUAAAGCAAAAAUAAUGGAACAUUAAUGUGGUUUAGCUUUUUUUGGUUUUCAGAAUUAAACUCCUUGGAAUAGUUCCUGAUUAAAUAUGUUACAAAUGUCUUAAAAGAAUAAGUUAAAUAGAUUCAGGUGCUUUUUCCCUGCUCCAUGUUGUAAUUAUAUAUGUGUGUGUGUGUGUGUGUGU